AUGUCCAUAACGACGCGUGUCUUCAAAACUUCUCGAAUAGUCCAGCAAAUUCACUACCGGAGUCUUGCCACUGCCCUUCCCCCAUCUUCCGAAGCCUCCACAUCUACAUCCAGGCGAUUUCAAAAGUUAGACGAUGGUCUAACAUUCAAUGAUUUUCUUUCUGGUGAUAUUCCUCCAGAUCAAGAACGCGUCGUUUUGGGCAAAACCAAUCAACCUCGAUUACCUGCGUUCUUAAAACAUCCUAUAGCCACUGGCGCUUCGUAUAGUGGGAUCAAGAAGGACUUGAGAGGGUUAGGACUACAUACGGUUUGUGAAGAGGCCAAAUGUCCGAAUAUCGGGGAAUGCUGGGGAGGGGGGAAAGGUAACGCUACGGCGACUAUUAUGCUUAUGGGUGAUCAAUGUACUCGAGGGUGUCGAUUUUGCUCUGUAAAAACCUCACGAGCGCCACCUCCUCUCGACAUCCACGAACCUGAACAUACUGCAGAGGCAAUAUCACGCUGGGGUCUGGGAUACAUCGUGUUAACUAGUGUCGACCGGGAUGACUUGAUUGAUGGUGGUGCUGCCCAUAUCGCCUCAACGAUAUCAAAGAUCAAACAGAAAGCGCCCAACAUCCUCGUGGAAGCUCUCACACCGGAUUUUGCCAACAAAGGCGUGGAGGCCAUUCACACCGUAGCGUCAUCAGGCUUGGACGUUUUCGCUCACAAUGUGGAAACAGUCGAGAGAUGCACACCGUUCGUCCGUGACAGACGAGCUGGAUUCCAGCAAAGUUUGAAAGUUCUCCAAGAGGCCAAAAUCGGAGCUCGGAAAGCCGGAAGGGAGAUUCUGACCAAAAGUAGUAUCAUGCUGGGAGUGGGAGAGGAAGAACACGAAGUCGUAGAGACUCUCAAGCGACUGAGAGAUUCAGGCGUCGAUGUGGUCACUUUCGGACAAUAUAUGCGACCUACCAAAAGACAUAUGAAAGUAGACAGAUAUGUCUUACCUGAGGAAUUCGCACGUUGGAAGGAGGUAGCGGAAGGUAUGGGAUUCUUGUAUGUUGCCUCUGGUCCAUUGGUCAGGUCUAGUUACAAAGCCGGCGAGUUUUUCAUUGAGAAUGUGCCCAAGAAACGUCGUGCGGCAUCUGCUCAAAAAGCUGCCGAGCAACUUACGUUGUCACAAGAUAGCGCUGCAACGGCCCGAUUGUGA